CGGGGUUUAUCGGGUGGCGAUUUGUUUUCUCCAUGUGGCGUUGUUGCUGUAGGUUUUUCGAAGCUUUAAUCCUGUUGUUGUUGAAAAAUAACACUCCAAAACACACUAAAAACAAGGAAUUACAACCACACGAGCUUUAUUUCUGUUUUUUCCUGAGCGUUUUGAUGGAUUUUUAUUAAUGGGCCGCACCUGAAGAGUUUUGGUAUCAAUCAUCAAGCAAGCAGGUGAUCAGGAUUGAACUGCACUUCAUUAUUAAACUGCAGAAUUAAAAGGCGGUGGAUGGAAGCCACAUUUUCUGUGUUAAAGGUGUGUCGUGUUCGAUCAGAGGCUCUGUGCGGAUGGCUCUAAUGAGGAUCUGAGCUUUUAUAUGGGAAUUUCUCUUCAGACCGAGCCAGUGGGACAUCUCUCCUCCGUGUCGGUCUGUAGCGGAGGAUGUCCUUUCUCUAACUCGUCCUGCUCCACUAACCUCUAGUGCAAAGUCCGAGCGGACAUGGAGGAGUACGAGGCGCGUUCGGCCGCCAGCAUCCUGGCCUCGGUUAAAGAGCAGGAGGCGAGGUUUGAGCAGCUGACGCGGGCGCUUGAGGAAGAGCGACGCCACGUCUCCCUGCAGCUGGAGCGCGCCAACAUGCCACGCGCCGACCACCUCCCGUGGCAGCAGGUGGUCAUGCAGGAGCAGAGUCCCAGCAACCAGACGUCUCUGGCCAUGAUGCAGGAGCCGCAGGAGGUGGUGGAGGAGACGGUCACUAUAGAGGAGGACCCCGGCACGCCCACUUCACACGUCUCCGUGGUGACGUCAGACGAUGGAACCACGCGCCGCACAGAGACCAAGGUGACCAAGAUGGUGAAGACAGUGACGACCCGCACUGUGCGUCAGGUCCCGCUGGGUCCCGAUGGUCUGCCGGUUCCCGACGGCUCUUCGCCGCUGGGCAGCUACACAGACUCCAUCGACCGUCGCUUCAUGAAGAACGGCGAGCGCUUCGUCACACCUCAGGCCACGUCCACGCUCACACGCUCCUACAACCACAGCAACUAUGGCGACUCGUUCUACAGCCCACACGACGCCUACGGGGACGUUUGCGACAACUACGGCAGCCUCUCCCGUGGCCUCAACUACCGGCCCUACCGGCCCUACGGCUACCGCAUGGAGAACAGCUACACCCUCCCCAUCCGCAGGGACGACUACGGGCACAUGGCACAGCCACAAGUACCUGUGGGCGGCAGCAGCACCCUGGACCUCAAUCGCUCGCAGCCGGAGCGCUUCCAGCCCGAGCCGUAUGGACUGGAGGACGACCGGCGCAGCCUCGGGCCGGACGACGAAGAGCCGUACGAGCUGGAGCCUGACUACUCCACCGCCAACCGCCGCACACUGCCCACCGCUGCACGCGCCAUGAGGGACCCGCUGCGCAAUGGCCCUCGCAUCAGAGGCUACGAUGACCCCAUUGAGUCUGAACUAAUUGAUGAGCGGCACCGCUAUGCUCCUGGCAUGUACCCCGCCCCGCUUGCACAGCCCGAGCGGGGCAGCACGGCCAGCUUGGAUGGUGGCAUCGAUGGUGGCAUCGCACGUCAGGACCCACGCUGCUGGCGUGACCCGGACCUCCCCGAGGUCAUUGCUAUGCUGGGCCACCCUCUCGAUCCGGUCAAGGCCAAUGCCGCCGCCUACCUGCAGCACCUGUGCUACGAGAACGACGCGGUGAAGAAGGCCGUGCGACAGCUGAACGGCAUCCCAGCUCUAGUGGCCUUGCUCGAGCACCCCAAGGGCGAAGUGCAGCGCAAGGCAUGUGGAGCUCUGCGCAACCUCUCCUUCGGCAAGGACAAUGAAAACAAGGCGGCCAUUAGGAGCUGCGAUGGCAUCCCCGCUCUCGUUCGCCUGCUCAGGAAAAGCGGCGACGCCGAGGUCCGCGAGCUUGUCACAGGAACGUUGUGGAAUUUGUCCUCGUACGAGCCAUUGAAGAUGGUGAUCAUAAACCACGCUCUGCAGACCAUGACCAACGAGGUGAUCAUCCCGCACUCGGGCUGGGAGGCUGAGCCCAACGAGGACUCGAAGCCCCGGGACGCCCAGUGGACCACCGUCUUCAAGAACACAUCCGGAUGCCUGCGAAACGUGAGCUCGGACGGCGCGGAGGCGCGCAGGAGGCUGCGGGAGUGCGACGGACUGGUGGACGCCCUGCUCCAUGCCCUACUGUCAGCCGUGGGGAAGAAGGACAUGGAUAACAAGUCUGUGGAGAACUGCGUGUGCAUCAUGAGGAACCUUUCCUACCACGUUCACAAAGAGGUCCCGGGAGCGGAGAAGUACCAGGACCCGUCCUCUCUUCAGGCUCCCGGCUCCACGGGGACGCACAGGAAGAAGAAGGACGACGCUGGUUGCUUCGGUGGCAAGAAGGCUAAAGAGGAAUGGUUUAAUCAAGGGAGGAGAAACGGGGACAACGACAAAAACUACGACACGAUGGAUCUCCCGAAGCGCACAGAGCCUACUAAAGGGUUCGAGUUGCUCUACCAGCCCGAGGUGGUGCGUCUCUAUCUGUCCCUGCUGACCGAGAGUCAGAACUACAACACCUUGGAGGCGGCAGCAGGGGCCUUACAGAACCUCAGCGCUGGACAGUGGACCUGGUCCAACUACAUCCGGGCGACAGUGCGUAAGGAGAAAGGCCUGCCGAUCCUGGUGGAGCUGCUCCGCUCCGACUCGGAUAAGGUGGUGCGCGCCAUCGCCAUCGCCCUGCGUAACCUCUCCAUCGACCGACGCAACAAAGACCUUAUAGGGAGCUACGCGAUGAGGGAUUUGGUGAGUAACCUGCCGAGCGGUCAGCAGCGUCCAGCCAAGAACCUGGAGGAGGACACGGUGGUGGCGGUGCUCAACACCAUCCACGAGAUUGUGACAGACAGCUCGGAGAACGCUCGCUCGCUCAUCAUGGCUCAGGCCAUCGAUAAACUGGUGGCCAUCCACAGGACCAGCCAGUCAGCCCGAGAGACCAAGGCUGCUUCUCACAUCCUGCAGACGGUGUGGAGCUACAAAGAGCUGAGGAACACCCUCACCAAGGACGGCUGGAACAAGACUCAUUUCCAGCCCACGGCGACCGUGGCUCCGAAAGGCUCAAAGAGCAGCAAGUCAGGAUACGAUGACACCACCCUCCCCCUGAUGGAGAAGAGCCAAGGCGACAGAGGCUGUGGCACUGGUGCUAUGAUACCUAUGGAUGAACUGGGUCCAGACGGUUAUUCCACUAUUGACCAAAGGGACAAAGACUGCAAAUAUAAAACCAGCGACGCCUCGUCGGAUCUGACAGAGCGAGAGCCUCUGAAGAAUGACACGAAUAGGAAGCACUAUAUCCGGAGCAACAGGCCGGCAGUGAGUCUUGUGGAUGCUUGCGAUGUCAAGCCUCAGCCUGUUGACUCCUGGGUGUAAAUGCAUGCAUGGCUUAGCCAGCGUCAGCGCUACAUCACAACCAGUCAAAGGAUCUCACAAGACACGAGUCACCACUGCCAUUUUCUCCACGAUUCGCCAACGUGGACUCAUCAGCAAAGAGACAAACAAAAAAAAAAACAACACACAGCGCAUUCUUUAGUUUGGCGAGAUGAAAUGAAACGGAACGACGGACAGCAGCAACAACACACAAAAAAAAAUGUACAUUUCUCACACACGUGCAUUCCCACGGCGUGACGAGGAUCCGAGCAGCACGACACGAACUCCAUGGAUGGAUGAAGGAAGGAUGAAGGAUGAAGGAUGAGUGCAGCAGGGAAAGUGAAAGUGGGGAGAGGUGGACAUGAAGGUGUAUGGAAAAGAAAUAGACUGAAAGGAAAAUAUUUAGUUUGUGUUAUUUUUUUUUUUUAGUUUUGUUUACUUGUUUUUUUGUUUCUUAUUUUCUUCUGUUUCAUGGUUUUUUUUUUAUAUAUAUAUAUAUUAUGGAUAUUGCUCUUUUUUAUGGAAGUGAAGAUGGUGGAUUGAAGGAUGUGUUCUGAGGGGAGAAGAAACGUUUGUGGGUUGUGUAUUGGUUUGAAAUUUUAAGUGUGACAGAACUUAGAAAAAAAAAAACCCAUUGUGUCGUGACGUUCUGCUAAUUUUGUCUGUGAAGCGGUUCCAUGCUCCAGUCUUUCGUACUUCAGUGCACGGUGUUGGUGUCGCCUUUGUACUAUAAUUCACCCAGCAGUGUUUAACAGUGAAUCGCUAACCGUGAAUGUAUGCUAACAGGGGCGUGUUUGCAUCAUCGCGUUCGCUAACAGGCCAGGUGGCGUUUGUCGGUAGCAGGAUUAGCAUUAGCAUCCCUGCUAACGUGGCGAUCGUGCUGCGCUCCGGGUUGGAUUAACACGAUUAAGAAACGGAAAAGGGAGGAUGGUGUGGAUCGUUUUUUGAAGCACGCUAUCACAUUUUAAAGCAUUUUAUAUUUUUGUUGCUGUUGUAAAUGUACAUUCGAAAGAAAACAAAAAACAAAAAAAAGUCAAGACAAACUCUUUAUACAUUGCUAGACAUCUGCGAGUUUCAGAUCAGGAUGCAAGGCAUAAAGCGUCACCUUCUUUGUAAAAAAAAAAAAAAAAAAAUCACUAAAUAAAAAAAAUCUACUGAAAGAGAGAGUAAUUGUGUAUGAAAAGGCAGUGGAGGAACGCUCGUCGUCUGUUUGUGUUCCAGGAAAAUGUUAUCUUGGCUGGUGUUUUUACACCACAGCGGGUUGAUGUAAUCAGAGAGAAAACAGACAACAGUGUCAAAAGCACGGAUUCAGGCUUCGGGCUAAAUGUAAAAAUGUAUUAUUUGGUGUAAAUCAGUGUGUAAGACCUCAGCGGUUAAGGGUCAGCUGGUGAGCGUGACCCUGGGCCCUGAACCUCAGCUCUGUGAUUGGACUGGAUUGGAUUCUGCCUCACUCGCUGUAAAUGUGAUGUAAAUGUCAGACAUUUCCACGCUGUAGAGGGAAUACAGAAUGAUGGAUCACUCACAGGUGGGACGAGAGACAUGAACGACGGCGUCACUCCGUUUUCUCGCGUGUAGAUUAUUGUGGAAGGAGGCGCCAGGAUGUGGUGAAGGUGUGAUCUGUAACAUCAGCUGUAAGCACGCAGCAUGUGCCUGCUGUAUCCCUCCGCGCGCCUCAUCAUGUGACACGCUUGCAGUGGGCUUUUUCUUCUUUUUUCUUUUUAUAGUGUUAUAACCAAGACGUCUAACACCAACAACAGCAGAAAAGUUGUCAGUAGCUUUGUGUAUUAACUUUACAUUUUUUUUUGUUUGUUUUGUUUUUGGAAAGAUGAACUGUACUCCGUAUCCCCCCCUCAUCCAGACUGCCUUUUUUUGUUUGUUUGUUUCGCAGUACACAACCAAAGGACUUUGGGAUUGUAUAUUCUGAAGUUGGAUCUACGAGCGUGAAUAAGAUUGUAUAUUUACCGAAAAGGGUGGAAAAGUGGAAUCGAGACCUACCUUUGUAGAUAUCACUCAAAACCACACACACACACACACACACACACACACACACACACACACACGGUAAAUGUACAACUCGGUAGCAAACGUGUUUGUAACUAUCAUAUGUGCCUUAACCCUUCUCUGUGUUAGAUCGAGAAUAACUGUGUUUUCUAUUAAGCUCUUUGUUGUUCCUCUUUCCGAUUCCCAUUCUCUCUAUCCCCCCCCCCCCCCCCCUCUCUCUCUCUCUCUCUCUCUCUCUCUCUCUCUCUCACUCCAUGUCCUCAGUGUAGUCUAGACUGGUGGUGGGUUUUUGCCUUGUGUUUUACAUUGUACUCUAUAGACACACUAAACGGGGUCGAUGACGUAGAGGAGAACGUCGCUCAUGCUUUCGUAGUGCUCGAUGCCACGAUGCUCCAGAAUGUAUUCCGUUCAUUUUACUAAUCCCCUGAUGGGAACACAGCACUUGUUAGAAUCCAGCGGAGAUUUGUAGGGUAUCACUUUGGUGUGUUUUCAAUAAAUCAUGCCUGGAAAGA